UCCCUUGGGUGUGAUGUGAUUCUACGUCCAGAUCAUCUUUUUAUUAAAAAAAUGAACCCCCCGGAAUUCCUCGUACUACAAUUGUGGGAAUACAUACGACGUAGAACGACCAGAAAACGUUGGUGCCCAUCGCCAAGUUGUUCCCCAACGAAUGUAAUGCCUUGCUCAGUCUCCAUGCGGUCAACAUCAACAGCACAUCGCAACUGAAUGGUAGACUGGAUACCUGUCCUGUCGCAAGUCAAAUCGUUAGUUCAACUGGCCUGUAAGGACCCCGUUGGAGCCGAAGAAACGCAGAAGAAUUUUGUGACCCAAUGCCCCGGUUUGGCACACGUUGUGGGCGGGGUUGCCGUUGGCCUAGGUUUGCUUACCAAAAACGACGGAAUGACUAAGUUUGGCAUGAAGGCCUUGAAGGGAGGGACCCAAACCGUCGGGGAUUUAGUGGACGCUAUCCCAGUAGUCGGUCAUUUGAAGGGCGUGAUCCACUUGACAGCCGGAGACGAUGAUGGAGCAACGAGAGCUCUUAAUGCCGCCAACCGUACGUCCGUUGCCAUGACCGGAACUGGCGUCCUUCUUUCUGCAGGGCCGUUUGCAGCGUUCAUGGUAACUCCACUAGCCACAAUUGUCUACGGCGGAGUGACUUCGCUUGUUAAAGGUGAACUACCUGGAAAACGUGGGAAAAACAACAAAAUGGACCGUUGUUUUGUCUGCCAAUCCAGAGAUCACGAAAUUUGUUAUGUUGCUACAGAUCACGUGACUUCUCCAGUUGACAUUUCGGAGGGUUCCUCCAACUCGCUGCUCCAGUCCAUGGAUGCGGAGGAGCCCUACACUGCCGAAAAUUUCUACACGAAGGAACACUCCUUAUUGCGGGAUGCAGAGAGUACAAUCAGCGCAUCAUAACCAACUUUGAUUCAUUGAGAAUGUGCACUGUAGAAACGAAAUGCUAGAUGGGAAAAAAUUGAAUUAAUAAUACUAAUCAAGAAAAUGUUUUAAAUUUAAUAAAGUUAGAUGAAAGAAAUAUCGUUCCUUAAAUUAAGAGAUGAAUCAUGAAAUUACACUCACGUUUUAAUGUUCCUCCCCUUUAAUUGUUGCUCAAAAGAAAAAGAAGAAUUAAAUCGAUUUCAUGUUACUUUUAAUUUUCUAUGCUUUGUUACUACUGCAAUAUUGAAUGGUUUCGAAUUUUUCUUACAACUGGUUAACCUGCUUGUUUAACAUGCUGAGUAAGGCGCAAGUCCAUUGCCAUCAUUAUGUGACUAGAGACUUCAACUUCGAGAAGAACAGGUCCGUGAAGUGGAAUGAACUCGAUCGUCAAGAUGAUUCUAAAAGCUUCUUCUCUUACAUGAUUAUUUGCUAUUUUCUAAUCGCCUUCUUUCCCUGUCACUUCCACCUGUCUACAAGGUGUAAGUUUUGUUCCAAACAUUCCAAUAUUAAUAAGUUGAUGUUCCCGCUGCUGCUCGUCUUAUUUCAAUGAUUGGCCCCUCCCAAUUGUCUGCACUGCGAUCCCACAUGUCAUUAAUGGCGGAACGAAAAAUAAAAAAGAUUUCAAUCACCAGUCACUGAUUUCUGCCGACAACAACAAUACAAUUAUUGAAUAUCUCUAUUCAUAUUCCCUAUUAUACUUAUCCCAAUUUAAUUGUUUCCAAUUUAUUCUGGCCCGUCUCGUAUAUGUAUACAUGUACGAAUUGUACGACGGGCAAGAAUUUGAACUCGGUCUCGCUCAAAUGGCUCUAGAUCUUAUACUCCCGGAACUACCUUUAUAAUCAUAUCACAUAACUGUCCACCUGUCUCUCUGAUCAUUCGCCAAUUCUUUUUUUUUAAAUCAUUUUCCCAAACCCCACGACACACUAUUCUACUCACUCACCACCCACCACCCCCAUUAACUAACACACGUGUUAUAUGAUGAUAACUAUACAAUACCUCGAUCUGAUCGGAAGGAAACGAAAAGAGGAAUGUCAUAAAAGCAAAAUGGAAAAGAAAAAUUAAAGACAUACGAAAAUUCA